GCUCGCUAUCAAAAUGCAGUAUUCCCAUCACUGUGAGCACCUUUUAGAGAGACUGAACAAGCAGCGAGAAGCCGGCUUUCUUUGUGACUGCACUGUUGUUAUUGGUGAAUUCCAGUUCAAAGCACACAGAAAUGUGCUUGCCUCUUUCAGCGAGUACUUUGGUGCAUUUUAUAGAGACGCAUCUGACAAUAACGUUGUUUUGGAUCAGACUCAAGUGAAAGCUGAUGGAUUCCAAAAACUCCUGGAAUUUAUUUAUACGGGAAACUUAAACCUUGACAGCUGGAAUGUUAAAGAAAUUCACCAGGCUGCCGACUAUCUCAAAGUAGAAGAAGUUGUCACUAAAUGCAAAAUCAAGAUGGAAGACUUUGCUUUUAUUGCUAAUCCCUCUUCUACGGAGACAUCUAGCAUCACUGGAAACGUUGAAAUGAAUCAGCAGACUUGCCUUCUGACUCUCCGAGAUUACAAUAAUCGGGAGAAAGCAGACUCUGCUUCUGCAGAGUUGGUUCAACCACAGGCAAAGAAAGCAGCUUUAGAAAAGGUAUCUCCUCAAACCAAAAAGCGAAAGAAGAAUUUCAGCUCUCCCAAAAGCAUACAGAAUAAAUCCGUACAGUAUCAGAAUGAUGCAACCGAGAACACAUCCAUUGAAAUGUUUUUAGAUGCAAAUAAGCUGGCCACCCAGAUAACGGAACAGGCUGCCCAGGGCAGUGAUAACUCUGAACUGCAGCUCACGUCUGUGGUGGAAAGCGAAACACUGGCAGCGCAGGAUAUCCUAGUUCAGACUAUUGCAGCAAAACAGAAACGGGGAAAGCCUCAGCAAAGCUGUGCGCUGAAAGAGCACUGUAUGUCAAACAUAGCCAGUGAAAAGAACGCUUACCAGCUGGAGAGUUCAGGGGAAGAACUUGACCAGAAGUACUCCAAAGCUAAGCCAGUGUGCAACACGUGCGGAAAAGUCUUUUCAGAAGCCAGCAGCCUGCGUCGACACAUGAGAAUACACAAAGGAGUGAAACCCUACGUGUGUCAGCUUUGUGGGAAGGCAUUCACCCAGUGCAAUCAGCUGAAAACACAUGUAAGAACUCACACAGGGGAGAAGCCAUACAAAUGUGAACUAUGCGACAAAGGCUUCGCUCAGAAGUGCCAGUUAGUGUUCCACAGUCGGAUGCAUCACGGGGAAGAGAAACCAUACAAAUGUGAUGUCUGCAAUCUGCAGUUUGCAACUUCAAGCAAUCUGAAGAUUCAUGCCAGGAAGCACAGCGGCGAGAAGCCCUACGUGUGCGAUCGGUGCGGGCAGCGGUUUGCUCAGGCCAGCACGCUCACCUACCACGUGCGUCGCCACACGGGCGAGAAGCCUUACGUGUGUGACAGUUGUGGAAAAGCCUUUGCUGUCUCAAGUUCUCUCAUCACCCAUUCCCGAAAACAUACAGGAGAGAAGCCAUAUAUCUGUGGCAUUUGUGAAAAGAGUUUUAUUUCCUCUGGAGAGCUCAAUAAACAUUUUCGGUCCCAUACAGGUGAAAGACCAUUUAUCUGUGAAAUGUGUGGAAAUUCUUACACGGAUAUAAAAAAUCUUAAGAAGCACAAAACGAAAGUUCACACAGGAUCUGAAACUCCCCCUGAUUCUAAUGCACUUGACAAUUCUUUCAAUGAACAAGAAUCCAUUCAGAGUCAGAAAAGUCCUUUAUCGGAGUCCAUAGAUGUGAAACCCUCCGAGAUGUCUUUAGCACUUCCUCUUCCCAUUGGGACUGAAGACCAUCAGAUGCUGCUUCCUGUGGCGGGUAGUCAGUCUCCCUCAUCAGAAACGUUACUGAGAUCUGCUGUGACUGGAUAUUCAGAACCUCAGUUUAUUUUCUUGCAGCAGUUAUACUGACAGUGCAGUACAGAGCCAUCAAGGUAAUUUGGUAGCAAACUUGCAUACCUUUGGUAAGAUGAACAUAAGCAAGCAAGCAGUUACACUUCUUGAAUUGGACUUGUUCUUUUUUUUUUUUUUUAACUCUGUGUAAAGACCCUUGUAAGGCAUUUCCAUUGUGCAGUGCUGUCUUUUGGUUUUUGUUGAAUUGUGCUAAUCUACAAUCCAUCUUCUGUUUGCAAGUAACACUGAUUUCCGGGAGACAAUUCCUUUCCAGCUACACCUGCCUUAAGAAUUCUCUGCUAAAUAUGUUCAUGU